AUGAGCGGCGCGCAAACUCGUCCGAGAGUGUCAUCGUCCACCAUCUCGUUAGAAAGACUGACUCCAAUCCUCCAGCCCGCAAUUGACGGCCUAGCCAGCUGCCGCCGUAACCCUCCAGCGUCUAUCGAAGAAGCGUCCGGAGCCACCGAACAUAUCCUUUUAAUACGUCAUACGCUUAUCGAUGACCACCAGCCUCAAGAAGCAAAGAGCCUUUUCCGUCAGCUCAAAGGGUUCGAAAAUGUCUUAGGCCUCUUAGCCUAUUUGGCAGAUCUAUACAAUCCAGACACGACGGGGGACGCGGACGGGAAACUACUUCUGUCAAUUGUCAAAGAUUCCUUAGGCAUAGUUGCGGAAAGCUUGAAGGAUGACCCAGGGAACAAACGAUAUUUCGGCAAACGUGAUAAUGGAGGAGGAAUUGUGGCGUAUGAACGGAUACUCUCAGGCCUAGCCGUCAAACUGAGUAGCACCCAGGAUGCAGAGCUCUUUUAUGGUGGCCUUUUGGCUGCUGGCUUGGGGCAGGAAACCAUGUCACAGUUCUUCACGACUGUUAGAAAAAAGGCAGAGGACUCUGGUUCAAACAACCUGCUUUCACUCUCCGAGUUGGUCAACCGUACUUUGGGAAAUGGAGAGGUUGUAGAAAAUCCAGAAUUUUUUGGGGCCUUAUUGCGAUUAUGGCUGGCACAAACCGUUGAACAGGAGACCUAUCCAAUCCUUCGGCUUUCGGUCCCACUAUGUCUUACUCGUCUUGCUUCAUUAUCCCAACGGAAUUGCCUUGCUCUUCAUUCCACAGGAAUCCUCUCUCCGCUCUUAACCCUCGUAACAGUUCCCGAACGGUCAAAGGAUGAACUAGAAGCAUACCUGAAAUUGGCCACAAUUUUAUGCCAGCAUGGAGUUAACUCCCUACAGGAUGCUAUACAACUCUACCAAAAGGCGCAAAAAGUACCACAGGUUUCCAGGUUUCUGUUAGAUGCGUUGAAGUCUUCAAAAAGCCCUCCUUGCGUACACUUCGACCUUUCUUCCCAUGGAUACAGUUCAAUUGAGCUGCCAACCUUAGGGAGGCCAUUUCCAUCUAUCACCUCUAGUGGUUAUACUCUAACCAUCUGGGCAAGGGUUGACAAAUUUGAACCAGACACCCAUACUACACUGUUUGGUGCCUAUGAUGCUUCACAGACAUGCUUCGUUUUAGUCUACCUUGAGAAGGACACUCAUAACCUUAUAUUGCAAACCUCAAUUAAAGGUAUCAGACCCAGUGUUCGUUUCAAGGCCACCAAGUUCCUACCUGGCCAAUGGUACCAUAUUUGCAUUGUGCAUAAACGGCCCAAAACACUGUCUUUAUCUCGUGCACUUCUCUUUGUAAAUGGUGAAUUUGCAGAACAGCUCAAAGCGGACUACCCAGUUGUACCAAAAGCUCGUCCGAACCAAAAACAUCCCCAAAUCCAAGCGUUUUUAGGAACCCCUCGGGACCUUGCUGUUAGAGUCGGGAAAGGCAUAUCUUCCUCGAAAUGGUCACUCGCCUCUGCUAUCCUGUUUGAUGAAGCGUUCAAUGAUGACCUUAUCGCUGUGCUUUGCCAUCUUGGGCCUAGAUAUUAUGGAAACUUUCAGGAUUGUCUAGGCUCUUUUCAGACAUAUAGGGCGUCUGCGACCUUGAAUCUACGCAAUGAGAACCUUCAUGCUGGCAAGGAGGAUCAGUCAGACAUUGUUUCCGUCAUUAGACAGAAAGGUAGCAUUUUGAUUCCUGAAAACUCUGUCCUGCUCAAUAUAUCGCCUACUUCGGUCAUGGAUGAUGAUGACACUAAUAAUAUUGAUGAAUCACAACUGGUGAAAUCACUCUCAAAAAGCGCUGGCAAGUCUUUAACCCAACUUACCAAAGUUAAGGGAAAUUCUGUGGUUAUCAAUGGAGCCGUUCCCGCAAUUAAUGACGCCUUAACACAACCUCAUGGUGUUGCAAUACUUACAGGGGAUCCUGUUGUUAUAGUUCCGCAAUCCUUAGAUGAUGUGAGUUGGCGAAUUGGUGGCUGUGCGGGCGUCCACCUCAGUUUAGUUGAAGCAGCAACUGCCCGCGAAUCACUUCGUCUUGCCCUAGAGCUGCUCUUUGAGGCUGUACAGGACAACUGGAGAAAUAGUGAGGCCAUGGAAAAGGAGAAUGGAUAUGGUAUACUCGCCAUGCUUCUACGAGAAAAGCUCGGGUUUGCAUCACCUGUCCAGAGUUCGCCGUUGAAAACAAGUACGGUGUGCAACACUACGCAAGAACGGAAUGAGGCAUCUAUGGAGCUUUUGAUACCCAUCCUUAGAUUCGUAGGGUACGAUUUUGAGAACCCGAAAAAAUCUUUAAUAAUAAAUCCACUGGCAUACCGGAUCCUACUAAUUGACCUGGAUAUAUGGAGACAAGCUGAUUUACCAUUGCUGGAGAUAUACUAUUCCCAGUUCCGAACUUUCUGCCUGGAGAGCCAAUAUCACAGGUUCAAUUCAAAACGGCUAUCCAGAAUGCGUGUAAUAAAAAGGCUUAUAGAGGCCCUGAAGGCAGAAAUUUUCACAGCAGCAACUUUGAAGCUAUUCGUGGCGGCAUUCAAAAGUCUAGUGGGCGCUUGUAUGACCGCAGAAGUCCUUCGUUCUGUAUCGCUUUUCAUUACGUUCUCUAUACACUCGGCAAAGCAGCGCGUGAACCAAGCCAACAAAAACAAAACUACUCGCCUUGACAUACGGUCCCGGCGACCAGGAAAUUUGCACACUGAUCAUGUCCCCGGUUACAUUUCAAAGGAACAAAUUGGGGUGGAAAUUUUGCGAGUUUUCACCGAGGUCUUUUGCAACAGCGAAGAUACUGUCAGUAUUCAAAAAUUUGCGAGGACAGUCACUAAUAAGUGGCUCUUAUAUCUCCUCUCAGAAGAUAACCCAGACGUAGUGAUAUUGGUCACGAUGAUUUUAUCUCGUCUGUUUAUCGUCCAUGGCACUGCUUAUACCAAAAAAUUUGCAGAGAAGACAGGUGGAUUUGUGGUGAUGCGCCAUCGUCUUAAAAGAUGGUGGAACUUAGCGCCAUUGUGGCCACUAUGUUUCUCAAUUCUCUUCGGCCUGGAUCCAGGUUUGAUUAACUUGGAUAGAAAUUCCGGCCCCUCAGACCUUCAGCGGUUAUUGUCGUCCCCUGAGACUCUCAAAGUGUCAUUUCCAGAGGUUCUCCCUGUUAUUACAGGAAUGCUCCAGCUUGGCUUGAAAGCAACAGUGAUGCCUAGGGGUAGCUCCCCGUCUAUCCAUCCAGAGGAUGAUGACAGUGUAUAUGUGGUUCGUCCUAGAGCGGAUUCGGGGAGCAGCUCAUUGCGUUCAGAAGCUACCACCGCUGGGCCUGUAUCUUCAGACCAGGACAUUUUAAAGGCAGUUGUUGAUUUUCUGGCUCGUAUACAUGAGAAGUCUCAAAAUUUUCGAGAUUUUACAGUGACAUCCAAUUAUGUCGAAGAACUCCUGCGUGCUUUAUACCCUGUAGUGGUUGGCUCCGAUAUAGUUAAUGCGGGCUUUGAACUAGAGUCCAAUUCAGAAGGGCUCAGAUUUGGUGGUGACAUGGUUACGAUUCAACCGCUUCAAGGCGCGAGACCUAUUGUGCGCACUAGCACAGUUGAGGGGACAGAUACUCAAGGUAAUGAGCGUGAGCUUCACCGGUCAUCAUCGUUUAUUCUGGUAUCCUCGAAUAAAUCGAAAUAUUCCCCUUCUCCUGCCCGGUUACAACAGAUUGUAACGCCUGUGCACGAUGCCGCAAGCCCCCACCCAACUAAUCCUGUGGCCAACGAUAUCCUUGAUAUUCUUCUAGCUGUUUACACAGACCAGCUGUUCGGGCGCAAGGAGUUUCCAGGCUUGCUAUUAUUUGCCCGGAUCCCUCCUGGAUUUGUGGAACACCAGAUAUUUUUCGAGUCCUGGAUUCUUAAGAAUCUACUUGCACAUCUAGAAGCAAAGAUUUCGAAGCAUAAGAAAAUACUUAUCGAACCCCGUGUGCUGAACAAUCUGUCUCGGCUGCUCUCCUAUGUAGCUGACGCCGUUUACGGUGGAUGGUUCAUUGAUGGAGCAAUAGCUACGUUGAACUUUAUUGGUCCCGUUCUCGAAUAUUUACAGGAGCCAGAUAUUGCUUCUUUGAAAAGUGUCCGGCUUUGUAGCCAGACAAUUGCAGGCAUUCGCUCGACAGUGUUUCGGACCGUACUCCUACGGCUUUCUGCAGCCGAAGGGCAAAACGCUUACUCCUUUCUACAGCAGCUCACAUACUGGCAAACAGUCCUUUUAUCUCAUGAAGAAUCUCCCAACGAGCAACUGCAGCUAAUAUAUUAUUUAUUAUAUUCCAAAAUUGUGACGGAGAAAGAAGAUGUGCGCGUGGCAGCAGCUGGGUUGUGGAGAAUCACCCUCGUGCAAAAACCGUCAGAAACCUCUGCCAUCCUUGGUCAGGCCACCCCGUCGCUCCAUAGGCGGCUUUCCCUAGGCUUCCAGAAACUUGUAGGGAUGGACGAUGAUAGCUUCCUUCAUUGGAUUGAUGACCAGCGGGAUGACCUCGACUGCUUCUUCUUUGGUGCUUUGUGCAAGGGCUGGGAAAGUUUCGUCCGUGAUGAGAAUACUAAGACUCAAGAAACGGCGCGUAUAAGAGCAUCGAAAAGAAAGGACAAAUUAAGGCAAUGGACGCAGAUCGAGUCAGUAAAUGAAGAGAUCCUGCGUAAGCAUGGUAUCACCUUCGGACAUUGGACAGCCAAUAUAUCCGUGUCGGAAGGUUUAAAGCAUCAACGAGCAGUCCAAGAUCAACAAGACGAUUUUAAUUUCAUGGCCUCUGCUUUUUCCAGGAUGUUCACAAAUUUGAGGCGCGAAAAUGGCUUCCUAGCCACCCAAACCAAGAAUAACUGGCGUCUAGAUCAGACAGAGGGGCGCAGUAGAAUGCGUUUACGGGUAACGCCAGAUGAUUCAACUGGCAAACGGGAUUACCAGCCAAAAAGAAAAGUUGCCAAUGAUACCCCUGAAAUAAAAUUGGAUGUUCGCACACGUACUGCGUCAAAUAGUGAUAUCAUUACUCUGUCACCAUCUACUAUUGUGCCUGAUUCUGUCGACACAGAAUCUCUUGAUAACGAGGCCGAAGAUAAAUCAGCCACCGAGGAUAGCUUUGAGUUGAUAGAUGAGCCAACCGGUAAUGACCCUUACGAAGAUAAGAAUCGUAAAGUGAUGAAAAAUCUUCAACGAGGCGAUCAAGUACAAUAUGUUUGCAAUAUCUCCCGCAUUAUUGGACUGGAGGCCUGCGAAGGUCUUUUGAUACUCGGAAAAAUCAGCCUCUAUAUAAUGGAUAAUUUUUUCCAGCGCGCCGACUGCGAGAUUGUCCAUGUGUCCCAAGCGCAUCCUGAGGAAAGAGAUCCUUACGUCCGCGUGAUUUCUGGCAGAGAGUCUGAUGAUCGGAAACACAAUAACGGGGCCCAUAGAUCUCGAAGCUGGAUUUGGGCCGACGUUGUUAGUGUGUCGAAGCGCCAAUUUCUCUUCCGUGACGUUGCCUUGGAAAUAUUCUUCUCUGACGGGCGAAGUUACUUACUUACCCUCAUCUCAGCUAAGUUACGCAACGAGCUAUACAACGAGUUGACGUCUCGGGCACCUCAAACGCAAGGGAACAGCAGUUCAACAGAAGACUCGUGGCGCUUUGAAACUUUGCGCAGUGAAGGGAACAACUCACAAUUCUUUGGAUCAAAACUUGUAAACGUCUUCAGCCAGAUGCCUUCACACCCAGCAACACGGAAGUGGCUGAAGGGCGAGAUGUCAAAUUUCCAUUAUCUGAUGCUCGUCAAUACACUUGCAGGCCGAACUUUCAAUGACUUGACUCAAUACCCUGUAUUUCCGUGGGUGCUUGCUGAUUAUACCAGUGAAGAACUCGAUCUUACAAACCCAAGAACUUUCCGCGACCUUUCGAAACCUAUGGGAUGUCAGACGAUAACGCGCGAGGCAGAUUUCAGGAGCAGAUAUCAGUCAUUUGCAGAAAUGGGUGACGAAAACGCUCCGCCCUUUCACUACGGGACUCACUAUUCUUCUGCUAUGAUUGUGUGUUCAUACCUGAUACGACUCCAGCCAUUUGUAAAAUCUUAUCUACUCCUACAAGGUGGAACAUUUGAUCAUGCUGAUCGCCUGUUUUUCUCGAUUCCCGAUGCGUGGAACUCUGCAUCACGGCUGAAUAUGACCGAUGUUCGAGAGUUGAUACCUGAGUUUUUCUACUUGCCAGAAUUCCUGUCAAACUCCAAUAACUAUGACUUUGGGAUACGACAGAGUACAGGCCAAUCUAUUGACUCUGUGGAGCUUCCUCCAUGGGCAAAAGGAGAUCCAAAGAUUUUUAUAGCUAAACAUCGUGAGGCGCUUGAAAGCCCGUUUGUUACCCGCAAUUUACAUCAGUGGAUUGACUUGAUCUUCGGUACUAAACAACGAGGCGAAGCGGCCCUUGAAGCCGUUAAUGUUUUUCACCAUUUGUCUUACCGUGGCGCCAAGGACCUUGACAGCAUUGAAGACCCCAUGGAGAGAUUAGCAACCAUAGGAAUUAUUCACAACUUUGGCCAGACUCCCCAUCAGGUAUUUCAUAAACACCAUCCAGGCCGGGAAGAGAUCCAAAACAAACCUAUUCGCCUAGAUAGCUCUGCAGAUUCAUUAACCCGUCUACCAUUUACUCUAUUAGAUAUUCAAGAGCGAGUGUCUUCCCUGUCUUUCUCAGUAAAGCAAGACCGCCUCCUAUGUGCAGCAGCAUUUCGGCUUAACAUCCCCCCAGCAUAUGACCGAUAUAUGGAGUGGGGAUUCUCGGAUGGCAGCGUCCGUUUUUAUGCAGCCGAGUCAAGAAAGUUAAUUGGCCACUUCGAACAUGUCCACAUCGGCCAGCUUUCUUCUGCGAUUUUUGCCGAUUCCCAGACCUUGAUUACUGCUGGCACCGAUUGCACCAUAGCCGUCUGGUCAUUCACAUCAACAUCUCGAUCUGUUGAUCUCCUGCCAAAAGCCUCCCUUUUUGGUCAUAGGUCACCUGUCACCGUCCUUGCUGUUUCAAGGUCAUUUAGCACGAUUUUAUCUGCUUCUAAGGAUGGUCAAGUCAUGCUAUGGGAUCUUAAUCGACUAGAGUUUUUAAGAGAAUUAUCAACUGGACCACCAGUUAGCUGCGCCCGGAUCAAUGAUGUAACAGGAAAUAUUGCUGUUUGCCGUGGCAAUAUGGUGUGCCUUUUUACUUUGAACGGUACUCUUCUUCUCGAAAGGCCUGUUUGCGAACAGUCAGACGAUAAUGUCCUCUCCUGUGCUUUCUAUGAAGGGGCUGGCAAUGAGUGGUUAGAACGCGAACUAUUUUUCACAGGCCAUCGGAAGGGUCUAGUAAAUAUAUGGAGCAAGUGCAUCAGAAAUGGGGUGUUUGAGCUGGAUCUCAUUCGUCAGCUUCACCACGUAAACACUUCGCGUGGCGAUGGAGCAGCAGCUCUUGCAGGAAUCACAUGUGUUCUUCCCCUCUCACAUGUUGUAUAUACGGGUGAUGAAUCGGGGCAAGUUUAUGAGUGGAAUUGUGUGCAGCGUCAUUAG